AUGUCUGCUCAUAUCAGUCUACCUAUCUAUCUCAGUCUGCUCAUAAUUAUCUAUCUAUCUAUCUAUCUAUCUAUCUAUCUAUCUAUCUCAGUCUGUUUCUUAUCUAUCUAUCUAUCUAUCUAUCUAUCUAUCUAUCUAUCUCAAUCCGUUCCUUUCUGUCUAUCUCAGCGUUUGCUUAUCUAUCUAUCUAUCUAUCUAUCUAUCUCAGAAUGUUAUUCAAUGUCUGUCUCAGUCUGUUCUUUAUCUAUCUAUCUAUCUAUCUCAAUCCGUUCCUUUCUAUCUAUCUCAGUCUUUCCUUAUCUAUCUAUCUAUCUAUCUAUCUAUCUAUCUAUCUAUCUAUCUCAUUAUGUUCUUAUCUAUCUGUCUAUCUCAGUCUGUUCCGUAUCUAUCUAUCUAUCUAUCUAUCUAUCUAUCUAUCUAUCUAACCUCUAUCUAUCUCUUUCUUUCUUCAAUACUCUUUUUCUCUCGUUACUCGCUCUUUUUUCUAUCCUUGAUCUUCUUUUUCUUUUUCAGCUCGACUUCCCACGUGACUUUUCCCCGUUUCUUUCUUUUCAUUUUUCCAUUCUUUUUAGCAUCUUACGAUCGAAUACAUUAAUUGUAUUUGUAUAUUUUAUGUCUGUAAUGUAUUUAACCUUUAAUGUCGCCAGUGUAAGGAAGAUAUUUAUAGUUAUCUACCUUGCACUGACGACGUAA